AUGCUUGCUCGCAAAACUGUGGCUACAGGUGCGCUUUCAAAGAAACUAAAUGCAAAAUUAAAGGCUAGUCAAGCCCAAGAUUCUGAAAAUUCUGAUGAUUCUUUCAAGUCUGCGAGGGAGGGGGAAGGAACUGGAUCUUCUGACUCUGAACAGGCAACAUCUGUGCAAAAUCCCCCUUCUGAGGAGAGUGAGGGUGUGAGUAGCGAUGUGAGGAAAAAAGGGAAGAAAGUGGCUGAUUCUUCACCCACUUCUGAAAUGGUUAGAAUGGCUAUCUAUGGGGCUGAGCAUGAAAAGGUGGUAGAAAGUAGCAAGAAAACAGGGGGAAGUGAUUCAGGGGAGGAAGCUGAAGAGCUUAAAAGGAGAACUCCAACACCAAAAGCUCCUAGCACUGGAAAAACUACCAAGAAAAGGAAGGCUACUUCUCCAACAACUGCUGAUAUUCCUCUACCAAAAGGAAGAGCCACAAGGAGUAAGUUGAAGAGGAGUAAGGAUGAGUUGCAAAAAGCUAUGGAAGAAAGCAAGAAGAAAAGAAUGGACAAAGGGAAAGCUAAGGUUGCAGAGCCUGUUGAGGCUGUUGAUGUGGAUGAGAUGGACCCGCCCAAGAAGAUCAAGACUUCCUCCAAGAAGUCUUCAUCUGUAUCUAAGACUGCUGAACCUCCUUUGGCUAAAAGGACAAGGUCUGCUGUGAAAGCCAAGCAAGUUAAAAUCACUGAGGAGGAAGAUUGGAGUGGUGAAGAAGAGAGUGAAUCUGAUAAUGAACAAGACAAGCUGGCCAAGUUUGGAAAACGAACCAUCUUGAAGGGUAGACUUUUGAAGGAUUUGGAAGAACCAGGGAUGGUUCGACUGGUUGAUGCUCUAGCUGUUCUGGGAUGGAAGGACAUGGUGAAAGGGGUUCAAGUGUCUGUUGAUGCAAAAAGGCUGGAAAUCCUUGACAUUCCUUCUGAAUGGUAUGAUGACUACACAAGGCAAAGAUGGCCAAGUCUGGACUCCCUUCCCACUACCCUUGCCAUUACUAGGAAGUUCUGUGAUAGCACAGAAGUGAAUGAGGCCAAGUCUGAAUGUGUAGCUGAUUACUGA